CGACAGGACGGCACGCUACUACUACUACUGGCACCUGCGGAAGCAAGUGCUGCACUCGCAGUGCGUGCUGCGCGAGGAGGCUUACUUCCUCCUCACCGCCUUCGCCCUCCAAGCCGACCUGGGCGACUUCAAGCGGAACAAGCACUACGGGAAGUACUUUGAGCCCGAAGCCUAUUUCCCCGCCUGGGUGGUUGCAAAGAGGGGCAAGGACUACAUCCUGAAGCACGUCCCAAACAUGCACAAGGACCAGUUCGCCCUGACGGCCUCCGAAGCCCACCUCAAGUACAUCAAGGAAGCCGUCCGGCUGGACGACGUGGCCGUGCACUACUACAGGUUGUACAAGGACAAAAGGGAGGUGGAAGCUUCCCUGACGCUGGGACUGACGACACGGGGCAUUCAGAUCUUCCAGAACCUGGAUGAAGAAAAGCAACUGCUCUACGACUUCCCCUGGACCAACGUGGGGAAACUGGUGUUUGUGGGCAAGAAGUUUGAGAUCCUGCCGGACGGGCUGCCCUCGGCCAGGAAGCUCAUCUACUACACGGGCUGCCCGCUGCGCUCUCGCCACCUCCUGCAGCUGCUCAGCAGCAGCCACCGGCUCUACAUGAACCUGCAGCCCGUCCUGCGCCAGGUCCGCAAGCUGGAGGAGAACGAGGAGAAGAAGCAGUACCGUGAGUCCUACAUCAGCGACACCCUCGACCUGGACAUGGAGCAGCUGGAGAAGCGAUCCCGGGCCAGCAUCCGGCACAAACGCCUCUCCCGGCACUCCACUGCCAGCCACAGCAGCUCCCACACCUCCGGCAUCGAGGCCGACCCCAAACCCAGGGAGAUGGGGCCUGAGGACGCCUUCUCGGGCACCGGCGCCCACCGCAAGCUGAAGACCUGCAGCUCCAUGACCAGCCACGGCAGCUCCCACACCUCCGGGGUGGAGAGCGGUGGGAAGGACCGGCUGGAAGAGGACUCCCAGGACGAUGAAAUUGAGAUGCUGGUGGAUGACCCCCGGGAGCUGGAGCAGGCUGGCGAGAUGGAGGUGAGCCCCGACAUGUGCGUCUACAUCACGGAGGACAUGCUGCUGUCGCGCAAGUUCAACGGACACUCGGGGCUUAUUGUGAAAGAGAUCAGCUCCUCCACCUCCAGCUCCUCGGAGACGGUGGUGAAGCUGCGGGGGCAGAGCACCGACUCCUUACCCCAGACAACGUGCCGGAAACCGAAGACGUCGACGGACCGACACAGCCUGAGCCUGGAUGACAUUCGGCUCUACCAGAAGGACUUCUUACAGCUGGCCAACCUCUGCCAGGACACGGCCCAGAGCUACACCUUCGGCUGCGCCCACGGGCUGGAGGAGGAAGGGCUCUACUGCAACGGCUGCUUGGCCCAGCAGUGCAUCAACAUCCAGGAGACCUUCCCCGUCAAAAGAACCAGCAAAUACUUCUCGUUGGAUCUCACCCACGACGAAGUCCCCGAAUUCGUCGUCUGA